UUCCUUCACCACUCUCCCAUUUUACUUUUCUCCCUUUCCAUUUUUGUUCCUUUCCCAAUUUUACCGUAAAAUACAACAAUGGCGAGAGGCUCUUCCCAGUCCCAACAAUCAACCUCCACCGCCUCAUCAACCGCUCGGCCCGGUCUGGCCGCUCCCCGUGGAUCCGCCGCCGCUACGGCCGGCAUGCGUCGCCGUAGACUCGGCGGUGGCGGAGGAUUAUCGUCAGGAGGCGGAUCGGCGGCUGGAUCAGGAUCGAGCAACAUGCUGAGAUUCUACACCGAUGAAGCUCCAGGGCUGAAGAUCUCACCGACCGUCGUCCUCAUUAUGAGCCUCUGUUUCAUCGGCUUUGUUACGGCUCUUCACGUCUUCGGAAAACUCUACCUCCACAAAUCCGGAUCCAAAGCAUAGAUCCGGAUCUGGAUCUUUUUCUCCUCCGUAUGUUUAAUCGGUGCAUGGUUGCUUGGUUUUUUUUUGUUUUUUUUUUUUUGACUUUUUCUUGUAUUCUGCUUCCUCUUUUUGGUUUUCCUUUGUUGGCGAUCUAAAUCGCUAAACGUUGAAUAAAACAUGUUACUUUUGGAAA